CCCUUCAAAUGACCAAUAAAAGCAAAUCAACAGGUAAAAAAAUUGAAUGAAACAUAAUAAGCACGCAUCACCUGCCUGACAACCGAAUCUCAUAAACAAAACAAGUCAGUAUAUAUAAACAAGGAUUGUUGCUAAAGAAACUCAUAAUUAUUAUUAUUUAAUCAUACUCUGCAUCGGUUUUGAAGAUUUAUUUUUCUUUUUUAAAAUUAUUAAGUUUUAUAAUGUAUGAGGAUAUAUUUGCGAAUUUUGACAAUAGUGAUUGGAUAGCAAGUGAAGAAGUUAUCAAAAUUGAUAAGGCAUUAGAGGAAUCGAAGAAAAUUCAAAGUAGUUUGGAAUCAUCAAUUUAUCAAGUUGAAAAAUUAAAAUCAAAAUACGAAACAGCAUCAAAUAGUUAUUCCUACAACUUUUCACUAUCAAAUCGUGCUUCACAUCACUGUUUUAAAGCUGAAUAUUUAAUUUUUAGCAUUUAUGAUGUUCAUCUAUCAAAAUUGUGCCAGAAACUUGAUUUAUAUUCACCGCAAAAACAGCACUUUCAUAGUCCACAGAAUCGACGACAUAGCAGAGUUCAGAAGAUAAAUUAUACACCUUCGAGCUGUUCAUCAUCGCCAUCAACAUCAUCAACAGAGCUUAUCAAUCAAUUGGAACUGGAAGAAGCUAGUUUUGAUUCAAAAUUCAUUGGAAAUGGAGAAAAAUCCUUCAUUUACAGCAACCGUUAUGAGACAAAGUCUGGCUUGCGAACACAUAAACAAUUAAUCAGAUCCUAUAAUCGUGCAAAGACGGAACGAAUUAAAUGUAAGAGAGAAAUUGAAGCUGCAUUGACAUCACUAGAUAAGGCAAUAACUUUAAGUACUAAUCGAGCAAUGGAGGCUAAGAAUUAUGGAUGGAUUAAGACAAGGAUGAGAACGCCUAUGAAAAGUUUAUCAGCAAGAAGAUCGAUAUCGUCAUCGAUGUGUAGAGUUAAGCCAUUAACACCAGUUCAAGUGAAAAGACCUCUUUCUACAUCUGUUAUUUUUUAAUUGACAAACUUUUUGGAUGCAUUAAUAUUAUUUUUAGUUGAUACUCAGAAUUCCUUAAUAAAUAUGUUGCUAAUUUUAUGGAUAUAUUUUAAUAAAGUAUUUU